ACAUAACAAAAUUUAGUGUGCCAUGACGUUGACACGGUGUCUCGUUGAGAAGCCAAAUACCUACUCAACCUCCUUUUUUAUAUUGAGGCUAAGAUCUUAAUGACCAAAAUGUGUGUAAAAUAGUGAAAAUUUAGGAUAUACUUAUGAACGUCAAAUUGCACUGGAAAAUCCCUCCUCAUACAUACAUUCACUUUGAUCUUAACUUGGCGUUUCCAAGGUCGAUGAUCAACUUCCUGUUCUUGAUGUAUUAUCGGUAUCACUUCAACACUGGAUCGAAUUACACACAAUGGUCGAAAGAAAGGCGAAUCUCGAAGGUAAUGCAGAUUAAAAUCACGAUUCAAAAUGCGUUCAGCUCUCUGAUCGUCUUGGCGUCCCUCAUUCGGCUGUGGAUUGCGUUUGCUUCGUUCUCAAAUUCACAACAAACAGACGUCAUUUCAUUGCAUUUCGCAUGACAGCAUCGUAGACCACCUGCGUGUGAAAUAUUUCAAUUCUUUAUUUCAUUUCGUUUGCAUUUUAAUUUCCUCAGCCUACUUGCUACGACACGUGGUCCAACGUCUUUGCAAAGAAGCUGGCCACCAAUUCAUGAUGAAACACGACAGUAUUGGAUACCAUGGUUCUGCUGGCGUACUCGAACAGUCGAAUAAAGUUUUUGUACUGGUCUAAUCGUCGCUUUCCGCUGCCAGUAUCAAUC